UUUUCAAGGACGGAGAGCUGAACUGCAUAAAAGUAAGCGCCAUCAAAAAGUAGAGGACAUUCGCCAAAAUGAGAGCGAUCAGUGUGUUGACCAUUGGCGUUUUGCUCUUCGUGGUUGCAGUAGCAUUUCCUGCUGCCGAUUCGUUUGAAGACGAAGAUUCCGAAUUAAAAAAAGUUGAGCGAUCCGCUGACGAUCCGUGCGAUCCUGAAACAGGAUGCGGAAAUGAUGCUGACAAUCAACACUCCAGACAAAAGCGUGCUCAACCUCCAAAGAAAAAGAAGGGCACAGCAAAAGUUUCAGCUCCAGAUAAAAAAGGAAACUCUGCCGCAAAGACAGACGCAAAAGCUUUAAGCGGAGGAGGAGGAGGAGUGGAAGGUGGUGGUACCGGCGGCAAGGUUGCAGCCCUUGCAGCUGCAGAUGUGGCUGUUCCCAAAAGGCCCCCAAAAAGUCCAUCGAGAGGUACUGAAGGCACCGGUGGAGAUGCGGCAAAGCUAGAGUUACCUGCCAAGCCCGUCGAUAAAAAGGAAAACACUCCUGUGAAAACAGACGCGCAACCUUUAAGCGGAGGAGGAGUGGAGGUUCAAGGUACCGGCAAGGUUGCAGCUGGAAAAUUGGCUGCAGAUAAAAUGCCCCCAAAACCUGAACAGGCGGAAAAGACCGGUGCGGGUGUUGGCACAGGAGGAACGGGUUCUGCAAAAUUUGAUUUACCUGCCAAGCCCAUCGUUAAAUCUCACGGGAGACAAGCCAUAGACAUCAGGCCCAAUCAAGAAAGGCCUGGAAAUUCCGGCGCACCUGAUAAAAUUGCAGCUGCGGGGGGCGGAGUUGGCGGUGAGGGCACUGGCUACGCGGCGAUCCAAAAAGGUGCAAUUGACAACAAUAGCAAUGCCGAAGUCGUCCGAAAAACUCGUGGAUUCAUUUUGAGUGAAUAAAUUUGUAACCAUUUUUAUGCACCCCGUUUUUAUUUACGCACGAAAGAAAAUAAACAUCUGUGUGAACUUUUCGAACUGAGUUGUAU